CACUGUGAAUGACCUGGUGCUGAUACCCCAAAAUUCUGAGUGGAUUUCCAGUCACAGAAAAACCAACAGUUGUAGCUUCCUCAACAGGAUGCUGAUGAGGCCAAGUAUACUUCUGUGUCUGGCUUUGUUUGCCCAAGUUUUAAACAUCCACUGCCGGCCUGCAAAUACUGAUGAAGAACGCUCUCCACACAGGCCAAUUCUGCAGGCUGGUCUGCCAGCUAAUCAGGCCGCUGUGGUGGGCAGUGAUGUGGAGUUUGAGUGCAAAGUGCUCAGUGAUCCUCCGGCUCAUAUUCAGUGGCUGAAGCAUAUCAAGGUUAACGGGAGCCAUGUUGGUCCUGACGGGUUACCAUACGUCCGUGUUCUCAAGACCGCUGGCCUUAACACCACGGACAAAGAAAUGGAAGUCCUCCAACUGAGAAAUGUGUCUUUUGAUGAUGCUGGGGAGUACACCUGCUUGGCGGGCAAUUCUAUCGGGUUCUCUCAUCACUCUGCAUGGUUGACCGUUUUUGAAGAUGACAUCAUGGCUUCAUCUGAGGAUGAUGCUAAGAUCUUGUGCAGACAAAAGGUGCUACCAAUGGCUCCACAGUGGGCUCAUCCAGAAAAAAUGGAGAAAAAGCUUCAUGCUGUCCCAGCCAGUAAGACUGUCAAGUUUCGAUGUCAAGCCAGUGGCAAACCAACUCCAACUUUGAAAUGGUAUAAGAAUGGCAAGGAGUUCAAGAGAGACCAUCGUAUCGGUGGAUUUAAGGUCUAUAACCAUGUGUGGACCAUCAUCAUGGAGUCUGUAGUGCCUUCUGACAAAGGAAACUACACCUGUGUCGUAGAAAACCAGUAUGGCAGCAUCAAUCACACCUACCAGCUUGAUGUAAUGGAACGCUCUCCACACAGGCCAGUUCUGCAGGCUGGUCUGCCAGCUAAUCAGACCGCUGUGGUGGGCAGUGAUGUGGAGUUUGAGUGCAAAGUGCUCAUUGAUCCUCCGGCUCAUAUUCAGUGGCUGAAGCAUAUCAAGAUUAACGGGAGCCGUGUUGGUCCUGACAGGUUACCAUACGUCCGUGUUCUCAAGACCGCUGGCCUUAACACCACGGACAAAGAAAUGGAAGUCCUCCAACUGAGAAAUGUGUCUUUUGAUGACGCUGGGGAGUACACCUGCUUGGCGGGCAAUUCUAUCGGGUUCUCUCAUCACUCUGCAUGGUUGACCGUUUUUGAAGAUUGCACAGAUACACAACAUACCGCAGUUGUACCUGGUGAGUCUAUGGCAAAUUUUGGAAGAAAUGCAGAAAGGUAAUUCCAGCCUGUGCAGCUGUGGCAAUUAAGAAACCGGUUCCCAGAAGAGAAUGGCAUUUACAAAGGCUUCCAUACUGCAUUGAGUCGAGGCCACAUCCAGCUUCACGAUGAGGAUCAACGCAUGACUUGUAAAAUGACACUUGCACAUGGUGCUGUUUGCUUAAUUAA